AGCGCCCGCGAGUCCGUUCGUUUUCUCCUACCCCCGUGGUUGAAAAAGCGGGGAAUGUGAGAGCGGGCGGCGCGUGUCCAGGCUGCCGGUGGCGGCGGCGGCGGCGGCGAGAUGGGCGACGACAUGGACGUGAUCCCCGAGCGGGAGAUGAAGGAUUUUCAAUUCCGGGCCCUGAAGAAAAUUCGGAUCUUCGAAGCCCCUGAGGAUCUGCCCAAAGAACGUGGCAACCUGCUGGUUGUGUCCAACAAAUAUGGGCUGACCUUCACCGGUUGCGCAGCCGGACUGCAGAUCUUUCAGACGAAAAACCUGCUUAUGCAGAUUCAGGCUGGAGAUUCUCCUAAUAAAAUAGUAGAGAAUAUCCAGGGUCUUUUUGUCCCGACAAAGUUUUGGGUGCAUCACUUGGCGCUCAGCUGUGAUAACCUCACUCUGUCAGUUUGCAUGGCCUCGAAUGAAGUUGGCUCUUUCAUUGGCUUUUUCGACGUCCGCACCUUUGUGAAUCAGGCGAAACAGCAAAAACGACCGUUCGCUUAUCAAAAGAUGGGAGGCGCUUUGGUCAACGACCUUAAGUGGAAUCCAGUGAAUGCCACAAUGUUAGCUGUCUGUCUGUCCGAUGGGAGCGUCUCCGUCCUGCAGGUGAUGGAAACCGUAAAGGUGUACGCCACGCUUCCUGCUUCAGUGGCCGUCACAUCUGUGUGUUGGAGUCCUAAAGGGAAACAGCUGGCAGUAGGCAAGCAGAAUGGCACAGUGGUCCAGUAUCUGCCGAACCUGCAGGAAAAGAAAACAAUUCCUUGCCCUCCAUUCUACGUGGCAGAUAAUCCUGUCAAAGUCCUGGAUGUGUUGUGGAUUGGCACUUACGUCUUCACCAUCAUUUACGCCGCAGCCGACGGCAACUUAGAAACUUCUCCCGAAGUGGUUAUGGCCUUGUUGCCGAAAAAAGAAGAGAAGAGGCCUGAGCUCUUUGUAAACUUUAUGGAGCCUUGUUAUGGCAGUUGCACCGAGAGGCUCCAUCACUACUUCCUUAACUUCGUUGAAGACUGGGAUCUGGUCUUAUUAGCUUCUGCCGCUUCCACCGAAGUCAGCAUCCUGUCAAGACAAGGGGAUCAGACCAACUGGGAGCUGUGGGUGUUGGAGGACUCCAGCCGCGCAGAGCUUCCCGUGACAGAUAAAAGCGACGAUUCCUUGCCUGUCGGAGUCGCCGUUGAUUACAGCAACAACACACCCAUCACUAUUAGUGAAGAUAAAACUUUGGAUCCUGCUCCGGUCUUGAUGUUGUUAUCCACAGACGGGGUUUUAUGCCCCUUUUACAUGGUCAAUCAAAACCCCGGCGUCCGAUCUCUCCUGGUGGCCCCCGAACCUCUCUCUGCAGAAGGGGAGAGGGGAGCGAAAACCACAGGCGCCACGGCUCCUUCGGCUGCUCCCAAGAGCGACGCUCCCCCAGCCCCUCCAGCCCCAGGUCCCCCCUUAGUCCCAAGCAGUGGGGCCACCCCCUUCUCUUUUACAAGCCCCCCGCUCAAGGCCCCUGGCCCGGCUCCCAGUCCUUCUCUGCCUUAUCCGUUCCCAUCGGAGGCCCCAACAGCGGCUCCUGGGCCCAGCACCAGCAAGGCCUCCGAGUUCCCUUCUCCCGCCGCCCCGAAAGCACCGCAAGCUCCCAUCGCCCCGUCUGGCCUCGUCCCGGUUUCCGCUCCAUCUUUCUCCUUUGGGUCGGUGAGCUUCAAGAGCCGUGUCGACGGACCCGUUCCUCCCACGGCGACUAAGCCCAGCUUUGCGCCAGCGGUAUCCUCCGUCAAGGUCAACCUCAACGAAAAGUUCGCUGCUGCCGCCGAGUCUGCUGCCCCUUCCGUCAACGCCAGCCAAGUGCCCUUCCUCUUUCCCCUGGCUGCAAAAUCUACCCCUGCAGGAGUCCUAGGCCUGGCCACGCCUCCUCCUGCCCCCAUCAAGGCUUCUACCCCAGUGACUUCAGCAACAGCGCGUCUACCACAAAGCGCUCCCGCAGCUUCGGGCCUUCAGAAAGCGGCCAAGAUAUCACCAGUGGCUGCAAAAUUGAGCCCUUCGCAGGGUCGGCAGCAGCCUUCCGGUGUUGGGGUGGAGAAGCAGCCCUGCCAGUGGAAAGAGACGGAUCCUGUCAUCGUCGGGAUAAGAGAAGAGAUCGCCCAUUUCCAGAAAGAGUUGGAGGAACUGAAGGCUCGGACGGCCAAGGCCUCGUUUCAGGUGGGCAGUGAGGAGGAGAAGAAGCAGCUACGCAUGGAAGCCACCGACCUGCACACUUUCCUGCUGGAAAUCAAAGAGACCACAGAGUCCCUUCAUGGAGACAUCAGCCUCCUGAAGACCAACCUGUUGGAAGGCUUUGCAGGGGUGGAGGAAGCCCAGGAGAAGGACGAGCAAGCUCACAACUCAGAGUACUUGCACCUGCUUUACAAGAAGCCCUUGGACCCCAAGAGCGAAGGGCAGCUUCAGGAAAUCCGUCGCUUGCAUCAGUACGUGAAGUUUGCUGUCCAAGACGUGAACGACGUUCUGGAUUUGGAGUGGGAUCGGCACCUGGAACAGCAGAAGAAGCAGAAGCGUUUAGCUGUCCCUGAGCGAGAGACUCUCUUCAACGCCCUCACGAACAACCGGGAGAUCAUCAACCAGCAGAGGAAGAGGCUGAAGAAGUUGGUCGACAGCUUGUAUGAGCUCCGUUUAUACAACCACGUCACUCCGUGGAACGCGUCCGCUCAAGGCUCUUCUCACACCAGCAUCCAGAGCUUGGAGAGCGAGCUGGAGAAUCUGAGCAACGCCUUAACGAAAGCCACGCUGGAAUCUUCCACCAAAGCAUCAUCUCCCUCAGCUGCUAAGUUGUCCGUUGUGAAGCAGUCUCAGCUGAGGAAUUUCUUGUCUAAGAGAAAACUGCCCCCUGUCCGCUCGACAGCACCAGCCACUCUGUCCCAGUCAGCUUUCCUGUCUCUGAGAUACGAUGAAGACCUGGACGAGAUCAGCUCUGCCUCUUCAGUCGCCCAGUCCUUGGAGAACGAGGAGACGGAAGGGGUGGAUCAGGAGGAAGUGGAGGUGGUGGUACCAGUCCCAGCACCUCGCCACGCCCCAGUCGUCCGGACACCUUCAAUCCAACCCGCCCUGUUGUCGCAGCCCCUGCAUCUUGGCAAACCCCACGUCACAAUGGGCACUUUAAUGUCUACCCCUAAACCCAUCCUCCCCGGGGCAGAGAACACAAUGUUAGCAACGAAGACGGUGAAGCAUCGAGCCCUCAUUCCUUCCGUCACUCUCCCAGCCCCCCAGGCUGCUGCAGAAGCUGCCUUGAGAAGACAGGUGGCGAACCAAAAUCCAGCGGUGAACACCUCCCUGACCGAAUCGACUCUGAAGAACGUCCCUCAGGUGGUCAACGUCCGAGAGAUGAAAAGCAGUGGGUCUCCCCCAACAGUCUCUGCAGCAGUGGGGUCAUCAGUUCCUCAAGGCGUUCAUCAAGCUUUACCUCCCGUGGCAACAAAUCAAGUUAACCAGGGGGGCCCGUCAAGCACCCUGAAGAUGCAGCCUCCGCCCAGCUCGGCCGCGGUGACCAUGGCGUCCAUCACCCAGGCCUCGGUUGGGAAAAAGAAUUCAGGCGCCACAAAGACUGUCCCACCUGUCACCACACUGGCAGCGACGUCCAUCUCAGCUGCUGCUUCCCAGUUCAACAAAGACUUCACCUUUGCCCCAUCGGGGGCUGGGUUUAACUUCGCUGCGGUGACUGCUUCUGCUGCAGCGCCGGCCUCUUCUGUUUUGGAAGCCACGCCAGCAAAGGAGCCGAACCAUCCCGAAGCCUUUUCCCUCGGAGUAGGAACGAAAUUUGCCUCCGUCCCGGAGUCCCCCUUCACUUUUGGGGGUGCCAAGACCCCCAGUCUUUCUGCCUUUGGGAGAGCCAGCCCCGGAGACCCCACUGGCCUUAGCAGCAAUGGACAAGUGGCUGAGGCUUCCCUUCCCUUCGCAAACGCCCCCAAGCUGGAGACCCUUCCCCUCAAAGCAGGUGACCCGGCCAUCCAGGCCUCGGCAGCCGGAGAGACAUUGGGCAGCUUCUCCGGUCUGAGGGUCGGCCAAGCCGACGAGAACGCCAAGACCGCUCCGGCUAAGGGUCCCUCCGUUGACACAGCCACCGCACCGCAGCCGCCUGGAUUCUCGGCCGGAAACACUCCGUCGGCGACCAGGCCCGCAGAGGCCAUCCCCACCACCUUGGCAACGACAACGGCCGGUCCGGCAACCGGUGGAAUCUUCGGCAAUGUCCAUUUGGUCAAUCCUGGUCCUCCCGGCAUCUUCGGCCUCGCAGCGCCAGCGGGCGUUGCCGCCAAGAGUCCCUUUGCCUUCGGGGGCCCUCCGACUAGCACCCCUCAAGCCUCUUCUGCCUCCGUCCUUCCGCCAUCCGCCCCGAGCCUCUCGUUCGGCAGCCUCUUGACCGCUGCGGCCACGCCGGCUGCCCUUGCGAGUAAAGGAGAAGAAGAGGCCAGAACGGCUCCUGCUGAGAAGCCGCCGUCGCCCGAAGGGGCCAUGCUUCCCACGGCACAGGUUGAGCCCCAGGCGUCCGUCCUGGUCCCUGAGCAGCGUCCGGCAGAAGUGCCCCACUUAGCCGGCCCCCCUGCAGAGGCAGAAGGAGGAGGGCAGCCGACAGCUCCUCCGGAAGCAGCGCCCAGCCAAGAGCUGACUCCGGCCUCGGCACCUGGCGAGCCCAAGGGGCCUGAGGGGCCCCUUCCUCCUCAGGGUCCUGCGGAAGGGCAGACCGCAGCCUCCUCGACUCCACCGGCCAUCGGUUCACCGCUCCCGGAAGCCACGGCCUCCCCACCGGCCACCGCGGCGUCUGCGCCAGCCACAGCCAACACCACCUCUGCCCUUACCGAGGCAGUCCCAACCUCGUCUGGCUUCGCACAACCCCCCGGACUGCCUGCGUCUUCCUCGCCUUCCACCGGCUCGGCUUUCAGCCAGCCCACCACCGCGGCCUUGACCCACCCUGCUGCUCCCCCCGUCUUUGGUCAGGUCUCCGCAGCAGCCCCCCCGGCCCCUACGCCCUUCGGCCAACCUCCAGCAGCAGCCACCUCUCCGUCGUCCUCGGCCGCGGCCACUGGGUUCAACCCCUCGGUUUUCGGGACUGUGGCCACCUCGGGCUUCGGCCAGUCGGGCUUCGGCCAGGCCCCUGUUUUCGGCCAGUCGGCCAACCCGUCCAGCGGCUUCACGUUCAACCAGGCCGGCUUUGGAGCCUCCCCGGCGUUCGGGCAAGCGGCUUCUUCUGCCCCCGCAGCCUCCAGCAGCGGCAGCGUCUUCGGGGCAGCGUCCAGCACCAGCACGGCCAGCUCCUUCUCCUUCGGGCAGCCUUCGACCGCCAGCGGGCUCUUCGUCCCAAGCAGCGCUCCCGUCUUCGGGCAGAGUUCCAGCUUCGGGCAGAGCGGUGCCAUCUUUGCCAGUCCGGCUUCCAUGACGACCACCACCCCGACGUCCUCCGCCGGCUUCAGCUUCUGUCAAGCCUCCGCGUUUGGCUCCAGCAGCCCAAGCACCGUGUUCGGCCAAGCCACCAACACCAGUGGGAGCCUCUUCGGCCAGCCGUCCUCUUCCGGCGGGGGUCUCUUUGGAGCCGGCGGCGGUGGGAGAACGGGGGGCUUUUUCAGCGGCCUGGGCGGGAAACCGAGUCACGAGGCGGCCAACAAGAACCCUUUCGGCUGCCCCACCGGCGGUUUUGGCUCAUCGGCCAAUCCAAACACAUCGACUCUUUUUGGAAACAGCGGGGCCAAAAGUUUUGGCUUUGGCACCGCUUCCUUUGAGGAACAGAAGCCGAUGGGCACCUUUAGCUCCGGUGGAGGGAGUGUGGCAUCCCAAGGCUUUGGAUUCUCCAGCCCCACCAAAACAGGUGGCUUCGGAGCUGCUCCCGUGUUCGGCAGCCCUCCCACUUUUGGGGGUUCCCCGGGGUUCGGAGGGGUGCCGGCAUUCGGUUCAGCCCCGGCCUUUGCAAGUCCUCUGGGCUCGGCGGGAGGCAAAGUGUUCGGUGAAGGGACCGCGGCGGCCAACACGGGCGGAUUCGGCUUCGGCAACACGGCAAGCACCGUCUCCUUCGGCACUCUGGCGAGUCAGAACACGCCAACCUUCGGCUCCCUCUCUCAGCAGACUCCAGGCUUUGGCACACAGAGCAGCGGCUUCUCCGGCUUUGGCUCCAGCGGAGGAGGAUUUGGCUUCGGAGCGUCCAAUGCAUCCAAUUCAGGAUUCAGCGGCUGGAGAAGCUGAACAAGCAAUGGCUCUUUUGCUGUUCUGGGACUUUCCUUUUUUUAAACGUCGCUUCUUCCAACUUUUUAUACCGAACCAAAACAUAAGAAACAAAAGAAAAAAGAAGAAGAAGAAAACCUUUGUGGAAUUGCCUCUUUUUUUCCCUUUGUUUCGUUCAUGGAAAUGUUUCUUGGCCUCGCUAAAUAAAGCUAUUUUGUCUGCUGGUCUUUGAA